AUGCGAGGCGUUUCGGUGCCGCUGCUGGCUCCGGGCGCCGCGUCGGUGUUGGCGGGAGGCGGGCGGUGCCUGGCUCACCGCCUCCUCUUUUUCCUUCUGCCUCGGCGGGCCCGCCGCGCCCUGCCCGCUGAAGGGAAGGCAGUACUGAUCACAGGAAUGUACAAGGGUUUUGGACAUGCCUUCGCAAAACAGCUUCACACAAAGAGAUUUACUGUUUUUGCUGGAUGCUUGCCUCAGGAUGAGAAUGGAGAUGGAGACAGGGAGCUGAAGAACUUGAAGUCAGAUCACAUGAAAGUGCUACAGAUGGAUGUAUGCAGUGGCAAGGAGGUGGCUCAGGCUGUGGAUUUUGUGAAGAGGACACUGACGGAGACAGAGGAAGGUCUGUGGGGUCUAGUGAACAAUGCUGGUGUCUCAGCCUUUGGAGAGGUGGUAUUUGCAAGUUUAGACAACUACAUGAAGGUAGCAGAGAUCAACCUGUAGGGCACUGUGAGGGUGACAAAGGCUCUCCUGCCCCUCAUUUGCAGAGCUAAAGUCCAGGGAGGGUGUCUGAGGCAUGCAGGCAAGCUAGACAGCAGGGUUCAACAUGCUGGGCCGUGUGGUGAAUAUCAUCAAUCUCAGUCUUGCUAUUGGAUUUCCAAAUUUGGGGUGUCAGCCUUUUCUGAGAGCCUGUGGCAGGAGCUGUAUGGCUGGGAUGUCAGAGUCAUCCUCAUCGAGCCCAGUAGCUUCAUGGCAGCCACGGGCAUCCUGACAGCAGACAGUGUUGACAGGCAGGCUGAGGCACUGUGGAGUGGAGCUGGUGACACUGUGCAGGAAGACUAUGGGAGAGAGUAUUUCAGUUGCCAGGUGGCCCUGAUGAAGUCCUUUGUUAACAGUGGCCUGCAGGAAUCUCUGCUCUUGGAUGACAUCACUGAUGCACUCACUUCCCCGUGCCCAAAGAACCAUUACAACCCCAUGAAGCUGUACUGGUGGGUGAGGCUGCAAGCCAUGACUUACCUGCCCACUGCCAUUGCUGACUGGAUUUACAUCCCUGGAGCCACCCUGUAA